AGAGUCCAAUCUUGCGAAACAUGGGUCAUCCCAAAUAGCCUCCCAGGACCUCCCUUCAACCCGCCGGCCAAAUCCCGCAGAUGAACGCCCUCGAGAUCUUACGCGAGACCGUACGGAUCCUCCGCCUCCCCUCAUCCUCAUGCUUGAUUUGCCCCGUCUCCGCCGCCCUCUUGUCCAACGAGCUCAUCGACCGAUCCACCGUCGCCGCCCUCUCCCGCCGCUUGAUCCUCCUUUCCACAGUCAGCGGCCUCCCGUUGACGCAUUUCCUCAAACAGAUGUGCCAUCAUCUGGCCGGUACAUUACUUUCAUCGGCAUUUUGCUUCCCUUUGCUUUUGACUUUACAGCUCACUGCCCGAGCUUCCAUUGCUUAUUCAGUCGCGUGUACUUAUGCUAGUAAGAAGAUCAUUGCGUCGGAGUUCUUCGCCCUUGCCCGUCGCAUUUGGCGGAGGCUUGUUGUUACUUAUCUUUGGGUCUGUGGUGCUAUUUGCGGAUGCUUUGGUCUUUUCCUUGUGAUCCUUAUUGCGGUUUGCAACUCGUUGGCAAUAUUAGGGUACCCGCCGGAUAUUGUAGUGUACCCGGCAUUGCUUGUGAUGUUGGGAUUUUCCAUGGUUUACGCGCAUACUAUCAUUGUCUGUAAUCUUGCGGGUGUGAUCUCGGUUCUUGAGGAUGUUUCGGGGCCACGGGCUAUUUUGAGGUCGGUUUCGUUGGUGAAGGGGCAGACUCAGGCGGGGCUGUUGAUAUUUCUUGGGUCCACGAUUGGGAUGGCUUUUGUUGAGGGUUUGUUUGAGCAUAGGGUGAAGACGUUGAGCUAUGGAGACGGGUCCUCGAGGAUAUGGGAGGGACCGUUGUUGGUGGUUAUGUAUUCAUUUGUGGUGCUUGUUGAUUCUAUGAUGAGCGCGGUUUUCUACUUCACUUGUAGAUCGUCGUGCAUGGAGAUGUUGAAUGGGAGUGAGCAUUCCCUUGAAGAAAUUGAGAACUUCUCUUUUGAGUCGAGAAGUAUUGAGUAAUGCCAGUUUUUUGGUGGAAUGGUUCUUUUUAGCAUGGAUGAGAUAGAAUAAUAAUUAGAGAGAAGAGACAAUGCCAUGAAAAGGAAGAAUACUACAGAUUUUUUGGGUGUUUAGAGAAGCCAGCCUUGGCAAUUUAUAACUUGUUGUGGCUAGAUGAUACGAGUGAUGAUAUUUUUCUAGAAGCAUGCGAAUUCGCAGGAAAUGCUCCCUUGCUGGAGAGAGCCACCUUAACAUACUGUACUCCUUGUGAACAACAUUCUCAUGUUGUAAUUCUAGAUUUUUGUAUUUUGCAUCCCUCUAUUUCUUCAGGGCUCUUCAUAAUGAUGAAAACAUGCUUUAUACCACUAAAAUAAUCUUCUUUGUCUGUAGUCUUGUGUUUCUGACGAGGUCUUCACUGUUGGAUAAAGAUUCGGUUAGUUUGUUGCAGUUUUUUAUUCCAA